UGCCAUCAAAAAAAAAAAAGAAAAAGUCCUAAAAUAACAUUAAAAUGCUCACCUCCUCCCAGAUGGCUUCCAGGAUUAAACCUCCCUCUCAUCCUGUUCUUUGCUCCUCUGGCUGGGGUUUCAGGGGUAGUGCUGGGAUCCAGCCAUGCCCCCUGCCUGGGGAGGGGGAGACCCUGGGAGCAGGCAGUGCCCGGCCCCCUCCCCCUCUGUCUCUUGCCCCACAGAGAUCCUGGCCCAGCCCGUGGUCGUGGCUAACAGCACGGCCUUGGUGGAGCGCCGGGACACCCUACACCUGACGUGCAGCAGCCCCAGCCCUGCUGAGGUCCGCUGGUUCUUCAACGGCGACACCUUGCCCAUCGCCGUGCGCCUUGGCCUGUCCCCCGACGGCCGGGUGCUGACCCGGCAUGGCAUCCGCAGGGAGGAGGCCGGCGCCUACCAGUGUGAGGUCUGGAACCCUGUCAGUGUCAGCCGCAGCGAGCCCGUCAACCUUACCGUGUACUUUGGCCCUGAACGCGUGGCCAUACUCCAGGACUCCACGACCCGCACAGGCUGCACCAUCAAAGUCGACUUCAACACGUCCCUCACGCUGUGGUGUGUGUCCCGGUCCUGCCCGGAGCCUGAGUACGUGUGGACCUUCAAUGGGCGGGCCUUAAAGAGCGACAAAGACCACCUGAACAUCAGUAGCAUGACAGCCACCCAGGAGGGCACGUACACGUGUAUUGCUAAGAACCCCAAGACCCUGCUCUCUGGAUCUGCCUCAGUGGUGGUCAAACUCUCUGCGGCCACGGUCGUCAUGACCAUCGUUCCGGUGCCCACCCGGCCAAUGGAGGGCCAGGACGUGACGCUGACCGUCCAGGGCUACCCCAAGGACCUGCUGGUCUAUGCCUGGUACCGUGGGCCUGCCUCCGAGCCCAACCGGCUUCUCAGCCAACUUCCUUCGGGGAACUGGAUCGCAGGCCCCGCGCACACAGGCCGGGAGGUGGGCUUCCCCAACUGCUCACUGCUGGUGCAGAAGCUGAACCUCACGGAUGCCGGCCGCUAUACCCUCAAGACCGUCACACUGCAGGGCAAGACGGAGACGCUGGAAGUGGAACUGCAGGUGGCCCUCCUGGAGUAGCACUGUGGACCUGGAGACCUCCAGAGAGACGAGCUCUUCAUGUCACUCUCCUGUCUCCUCUCCUGGAGCAGAGGGCCACUCACUUUCAGCAAGGAUGCCAGACCAUGGUCCUCUCUUCUCCUGCUUUCACCCUAGAGUUAGAGCCCACAGGGCCCUACUCCUUCACCGAGCUGUCGGAGAGCCACAGCCUAUAAACAUCCUGGUUAAC